AUGAAACCUGCCCCCCCUCCCUACAGUGCCGUACGUCAAUUUGCAACAGACCCCCGGCAACAGACCCCCGGCAACAGACCCCCCGGCAACAGACCCCCGGCAGCAAACCCCCGGCAACAGACCCCCGCCGGCAACAGACCCCCGGCAACAGACCCCCGGCAACAGACCCCGGCAACAGACCCCCGGCAACAGACCCCCGGCAGCAGACCCCCCGGCAGCAGAACCCCGGCAACAGACCCCUGGCAACAGACCCCCCGGAAGCAGACCCCCCCCGGCAGCAGACCCCUGCAGCAGACCCCCCGGCAGCAGACCUGGCAGCAGACCCCCGGCAGCAGACCCCCUGGCACAGACCCCAGACCCCCGGCAGCAGAGCCCCCGGCAGCAGACCCCCGGCAGCAGACGCCAGACCGGCAGCAGACCCCCCCGGCAGCAGACCCCUCCCGGCAGCAGACCCUCGGCAGCAGACCCCCGGCAGGAGACGCCUUGCAGUACUAUGACCAGAGAUCUUACUGUCAGGAGGCUGCAGAUGUACCACAAUUACCAUAA